UUAACCGCGGAGAAAAAAAUUCAAUUGGGUUAUAAUUUUUAAUAAAAUAUAUAAACUAUUGAAAUUGGUGAAAUUGGUGUAUUUAAAAGAAUGGACGCUGCGGCAUUAUUUGUGCAGCCACAAACGGUAAAAGAUUCACCGAACAAAUGUUGCAAAGACCAAAAGCAAAGUCGUUCUUGGGAUUAUACAAAAAUAUCAGGAAUUUUAGUAUUUGUGCAGGAGGAACAUGCUGCUUACAAAUACACCGUCUAUCGAUGCGCCUCUAAAAUUAUAAGCCUUCAAAAACUUUUGUUUACUUCAAAUAUACCAUACAAACUUAUACAAGCGUUAAUGGGGCGAUAUAAUAUACUGGACGUAGAUGCUAAUUUUAUGGUACCCCCGUUCCAGCUGACAACGUUUAUUCAUGAUCUCUACUAUGCUUGUGAAACAUUAGGACAUUUCAGUAAAUCCACAACAUAUCGUAUUGAAAAGGCAACAAGUGUGUUAGCGACUUUCUUUUGGAAUUUAUUUGAUCCGAAUCGAUGCCAUUCCAUUUCUGUUUUAGAAAUAAAAGUUAUGUUUUUGUUACUUUCAAAACAUAUUGGAUUACUUGAUUGGAGUGAAGAAUUUUAUAAAUUGCUGCAUGAUCCUAAGACUAAGUGUAUUUCAAAGAAAAACUUCGAGUAUUUGGUGAAUAUUUUGACGAAAGUGUUUAGCUAUAUCGGUGAGGAGCUUGCUUAUGGUUCUCAAAAUAAAUCCAUAAUAAUGGAACAGUGCUUUGAGAAGUUACAGAAUUCGUAUGGCUUAACUGAGGUGCAAUUCAAAAAUUUAUGGCAUGAUAAUCGCACAAAGUUUAGCAUUUUUGCAAAUCUGAUAAGUUUAAUUAAACGCAUGCAAGACACUGAAAAAAUUACACAUAACAAAAACUGUGCUGCUUGUAAUAUUCAAAUAAUCGGAAUACGCUUCAAAUGUAGAUCGUGCCACGAUUUGUCCCUUUGUUUAUCCUGUUUCGCCAAGGGUUACGUAAAAGGAAAACAUGACGCAGGGCAUCGUCUGACCGAAGUAUUCAAAGAGGAUGAACCGCCCAAGAGUAUCUCUUAUUUCUUUGCUUCAAUUUGCAAUUUUUUCAAAAUGAAGAAACAAAGCAACGAAGAAUCUAAAGGCUUUUGUAAUGUAGACGAAUCUACCAGUGUUGAUGAAACGGAACUGGAAAUAAUAGCAUCUGAUCACACAGUCAAAAGUGAAACAAUGACCACAGUUGCUGAAGUCAAAACGGAUGCAAUCGAAACUUCGAUUGCUGGACUUUCAACUAGCGCUUCAACUGCAUCAAAUGUUUCGGAACACCUGCAGUCUAUUAUAGAUAGGCUAUUGCAGCAGAACUCGAAAUUGGAAAAACAAAUUAAAAUCGUGAAAACUGCGACAAAUGAGGAAAUUUCCGAUUUUCUGCAAUCGCAUCAAAAUUUUCUGAUUGGAAUCAUAAAUGAAAUGCGAAGGUUUUCGCAAAUAUCGAAGUCGUUGAGUUCAUAUCCCACGUCGAGCACGCCUAAUCGAUCCCAUUCUGACAAAGGGCAUAUGCAAAACGUAGCAGCCGCAGUGGACAACUUUAGUGUUAUGGGAAGCAAUCUAACACAUUCGAUUAAUGGCGCCGACUUGAAUCGAAGUUAUUUGGAAGCCAAUAAAUCGGAUGCUUCUGUUAACGAUGUGAGUACGUGGUUUAAUCAGCGUAGAUCUUCGGUUUUAAUACCGAACACUACCAUCACAGAUUCUUGUGUGGAAACUGUUCAAGAAUUUAGUUCAAAACCUAAGGGAAAUGGAACGGAAAUAGAUGACGAAUUUGAAAUUGUUGACUUGCGUGAUACCGAUAUGAUUAAUUUCAAGCUGUUAUUGAAUAAAGUUAAAGAGAUUGUUGAGGACUCUUUUAGUGAUAAUACUGAACUAGCAGCAGCAACACAAAAUUUGGAGAAUGUGCUAGAUAAUAUCGUAAAGAAUGAGGAGAAGCGUAGAAGUAGUACUUAAUGUAGCAAGUCGAUUUAUAUAUGACUAUUACAGCUUUAUAUAUAAUGUUUAUGUGUACUGACCCAUACGUGUGUAAGUUAACAGUAGAUUGCUACAAAUUUUAUUAAUUUAAUAAGUAUUUAGUGCAGUUUGUACAUACAUAUAAGAAAGUUUACAUAACCUAACCUGAAAUUCGCCAAAAUCUCUAAACUAAAUUUAUUAUAUAAUAAUAUAAUAAUACUAAUAAUGAAGAUACUUGACAAAACAGAUGUGUAUGUUAUGACAAUUACAAUUUAUUAACAGUAGAAGACAAUAUUUGCUUACAUAAAUGUAUAUACUCUAAAAAAAAACAAUGUGUGCUUUAUGAAUAAUAAACGCAAAUCAAAU